AUGCCAAGUGUAAAAGCCCUGUUUGAAAAAAUCGAUAAACAGCCGCUAAACUCGAUGACUGCCGAUGACCCUUCUCCAAUGGUCAUUGGACAGCGCAUUUCAACCCUCAAAAGUCAUAUAUCACAUGGUUACUUCAAAGAAGGAUUUGAUCUCUGUUUGCAGACAAUUAACGGAGUGCCGUGCAUCGAUAGAGCCGCAUGGUUUAAAGCCGUCCUAGAUUUCUCUUCGUGUGCGUUGUCUUUGAAAAAGACAUUGCCCUCGGUUGACACGCUUUUCUCCAGACCAACGUGGGAACACUUUUACAGUGAUGGUCUUGCUUUGAGGCUACAGUCGGCGCUGUUAUACAGCAAUAGUGACGACCCUCAGCCGCCAUGGAAAUCGAUCUUACUUGAGGCUUUAUAUCAGGAACAUGUGUCAACCGACGCAAAAGUCGAGUUCCAAUUCCUUCGUGGAUUAGACGAAAGCAUCAAAAGCAGGGACGUCUGUGCAUCUAACACAGAAGAAAUGUUUUUUCAACUUAUAGACUGCAAACCAGAUUUAAGCAUAAUUCUCUGGUACAUUUUGCGUCCUGUGGCAGCUGGAAGUGACGUCACAAAAAGUUUCGAUUUGGUUCUUCCGGAGUCCCGCCUUAAAGCUAUAAUUCGAGUGGUCGCACGUAUAUUCCGUGAGGCACCUUUCUUAACUGAUGCUUCGGAGGUGUGUCAGUUAGACGCAAUUGUCUUUCUUCUGGCUCUAUCAAUUUCUUACUUGAUUCGCUAUGCGUCUUCAUCUGACGUGCUGAAAUAUCAAAGUCCAAAGACACCUUCUUCAUGGCCGCCAGCACCUCUCUGCCUUGCCAGUCAGUCAUCUUUGACACACUUCCUCGAUCAGCUUCGAUUUGUCGCUCCGAAUCAUGCUACAUCUCCCCGCUUAACCCUUCGCGUUGCCUGGGCUACCUCCCACCUACCCUUAGACUCGGGUUCAGAUGAGUCUACUUCAUGGGCGGCUCGAAUUUGGGAAGCUGGUCUAGCUGCUCUGGUGCAGGACCCCGAGUUUGUUCAGAAAAAUUCCCCAGCAUUAAGUAUUGGUAAAAAAUCCGAAAGAAAUACACUUUUCCCAACAGAAUUGAACUCAAAUUGGUGGUAUGGCUCGCAUGUGGAAGUUUCUCCCGGCAUGAUCAAUGAAGACCAUGCAUGGUUCUAUCUCGGCUGGCGUUGGCUUGCUUUGUACUGGCUAGAGCACCCACCCGCUAAACUGGAGACAGUACUUAAUCAUUUGCAUCAUCUGGAGGGUCAGCAGUUUCCCAUCGACCCCGAAUGUGCUCUUCUUGCCGGAAAACUUGUUAAUAAGAAUGUGGUUCUGGAUAGUAGUUCAGCAGUGUUAAAACCACUUGGAUGCCUCGCAUUGACCAUUAUGGACGCCGCAUCCAAAGUGCCAUUGAAGCUAGCGACAUCCGAAGAAUCGUCGAAGUUGACCAAGGCAAUUACCGACGAGAUUGCAUCCUUGCAAGCAAAUUUCGGAUUGCCCAGUACCUCUGCCCCACAUCUUGAAGAAUUAAGUGCGAAAUCGCCUGCCCAACUACAAACAACGAAUAUGCCAUCUGGUUACGGAGCCUACUCUAACGGUGGCCGGAAAUCGAGUUUCGGACUAAUGGGCACUCCAUCUUCCCGGGUGUCAGGUAUCUUCACCGAAGAUGGUGCCAGCAGCACCUACCCAGUGCCUAGGAGCUCUCAUUCCGGGGCUGUUUCUGCUACUCCGGCUUCUGCAGUGUCCGAUACUCAGACAAAACUAAUGACUCAGGUGGUUGAACAAUGGAUGCCAUCGUUCAUGGAAUUUUCUCGCACCAUGUCUGAGACAUCUGCAGAACUCGCUAAAAGUCGAAUGCAAAAUGAAGAGUUGUCGCGCCUGCUGAAAGAAACGCGGAGCCAACUGGAUGCAGCCAUUGCCGAACAACGGCAACAACAACAACAACGCAGCCAAACUCCUCCCAAGCCCCCAACAUCGCCACCACGGCCGGUACCUUCGUUGGAAGAUUGGCGCGCUCUGCAGGAGUCCCUGCGCGAGGUGGCUUCGAGUCUUCGGGAUUUCCGUCAGUGGUUUCCCACCGCGGUACCUCCUCCGACACAUAUACCGCCACCGCCACCCCCACCAAUGCUGCGUCCGGGUGACAUGUUCUCUUUAGAGAGCCAGCAGAACGCCCAGUUGGCUCUUUCUCAACUGGCCGCCUUUCAUCAGCAGCAGGCACCACAGACUACACCUGGGCCUUGCCUACUACUCCCACACCUCUCCCGUCCUCCUCCUCCUCUUCCUCCUUCAGUUCCUGUGGACUUUCGCGUGCCCCCUAUGCCACCGUGCCUUUUUCCUCCUGGUGUAAGCACUCCUGGCACCGUGGGGGCACUUCAGCAAGCUUCAAUACCGAAGUCGCCUGACCAAUCAGCCAUCUUUCCCACUGCGUCAACAGCAGCACAGCAACCGACCACGUCUGUUAAAUCACCCGCAACAAUAGCCUCAUCGCCCUCCGGCAAAGUUGCUACGCCAACAAAGAACACGACCUCCACGGCAAAACAGGAUAUUCCGUCGACUGCCUCACCUCCAACUCUGUUCACGUUCAAACCACCAACCACCACCGCCCAGGAGACAAAUCUCUUCAGUUUCAGCAAAAUUGGAAGUCCGGGUAGUGUAGGCGACGGUCCCAACUCGACUCCUCUUUUCACCAACUUCUCAUUCGACCUCAAACAGUCGAGUGCGGCGAAGUCUGCGUCUACUCAACCACCACAACCAUUAACUACGGAUACUUCAAAGCACACAGACGACGAUGACAACCCAGAGGCUUUUGAGCCAACCGUCGAAGUUGCUCCCUGCUUCGACAAGUUGCCGGAGUUGGUUAAGCAAACGACCGGUGAAGAGGAUGAACGGUUGCUCUUCUGCCAACGGGCUCGGCUAUUCAGGUGGGAUAAAUCGGAGACGUCGUCUUCUGGCGAAUGGAAGGCUCGUGGCACUGGGGAGCUUAAGGUGCUAGCCGAUGACAAGGCCGUCAAAUUUCGAAUUGUCAUGCGACGCGACCAGAUAAUGAAACUGUGUGCUAAUCACUAUAUCCUUCCUGGCAUCAAUCUGAGGCGUCAUCCACAGAAGCCAGUUGCCUGUAUGUGGGGUGCUCGCGACUUUGCUGUACUGGACGUGGACAACGCAAAACCCGAUGGUUCUGACGAGGUCUUUAUGGUUCAGUUCAAGACGGAAGAAAUCACCGACGAGUUUGAAAAGGUCGUAAAGUCCUGCCUUGACAAGGUUUCUACUGCGGGGAGUCUGGCAACCACUGAAACGUCGCAUGCUUCCAAGAGCUUAGAAGAAACCAAACCGAAACCUGGGUCGUGGAAAUGUACUGCGUGUGGAGUCUUCGUUGACCCUGCUGUCGAGAAGUGCUCUGCUUGCAAUGCACCAAGGCCCGGAGCUGCUGCUGCUAAUGUACCUCUUAGUGGGUUGGAUAAGUUCAAACCGAAAGCUGGCUCCUGGAACUGCCCGACUUGUGCGCUCGUUGUCGCCCCCGACCUGAACAAGUGUCCCGCCUGUGAAACCGUCAAACCUGGUGCAAAACCCGUUCCCACUACACCUGCACCAUCAACCGCCAACUUCUGUUCUUCAACACCUACAUUGACAGCGGCAGCAUCUACGACUAAAACUACUUUCAUUUUUGGCAGUUCUUCAAACACUCAGGCUACUGCUAUUCCGAAAUUCUCAUUCGGCUCCACACCCAAAACGACAAUAAGUGAGAGCAGCAAGCCAGCGACAACUUCUACGUUCUCUUUCGGAAUGCCUAGUUUCAGCUCUGUCACCGCUGCAAUCGGUUCUGAGAAACCCAAGUUUUCUUUUGGCAAGCCAUCUUCGGAUCCCAAACUUGUUGGCGGUGGUAGUGGUGCUUUUGCCGCUCUUGAUCUAACUGAAAGUCUUGAGAAACCCAAGUUCGAUUUCACUUUUGUCGCGAAACCAACAACCUCCGUAAAGAACGAAGUGGAUGGCGAACAGGAUGACGACGAGGAGGGUGAGGUUACCCCCUCAGAUCUGUCCCAGGUCAGCUUCAAACCCAUCUUUGAUCAUUUGCCCGAUAAGGUGGAAGUGCGCACUGGCGAGGAGGAUGAAGAGGUCGUGUUUGAGGCUCGCGCUAAGCUUUUCCGUUUUGAUAGCGGCGCUUGGAAGGAGCGGGGUUUGGGGCAACUUAAGCUCCUUCGCACGCCAGACUCGGGCCGUGUGCGGAUAGUGAUGCGACGGGAGCAGGUGCACAAGGUCUGUUGCAACCACCCAAUCACACCAGGCAUGCGUUUGAAACCCUUGGAAGGCAGCCAGGCAAGUGUAAAGCCCUGGGUCUGGUGGGCUGUCGACUUCUCAGAUGACGAAGUCGGUCCUGAAGGGAAAAAGGAGAUGUUUUCUGUGCGUUUCAAGACCACAGAAGAGUCCCAGGCCUUCUACAAUGCCUUCACUGAAGUUGCGGAGUCCACGGGGUCUGACCUACCUGGUGGUCGAGAUGAUGCUGCAACUUGUGGUGACGACGACCUGGUGAUCAUAGAGGAAAGUUCGGUAUCGCCUGAGCAGGUGGCUCGGGCCCGCGCCCUCCAGUUGCCCGAUGACUUCUACGCCUACGAACUGAAGACGCCCGGCAGCAGUCGCCAUUCGCACCAGGAAGAGAUGACUCCGGCUGAGGAGGCCGAGGAAGACGAGUUGUUGGAGGAGGCGGUCAAUCGUCGCUUCAGCCAAUCCAUCGCUUCAUCGAACCACGAAGAAAAGACUGGUGACACUACCCCGACUCCUGUAGUCUCAGGCUCCUCGUCCCUCGUUAUAAUCAAGAACAGCGAUGUCCCCAAAUCACCCACAUCUCCCCCUGCUUCCUUAUCGGAUGUAUUCCGUGUGAAGUCCGGUUCUUGGACGUGUGGAACGUGCAUGUUGUGUGUGGAUCCCGACAAGACGACCUGCCCAGCCUGUAACACCGCCAAGCCGACGGCCGAUAAGACUCCUCAAAAGGAUCAAGGCACAGGUGGCGUCACUAGUGAUACACCCGCAAGUGGCGGUUCCUCGAUCUUUUCUGCCUUGGCAUUUGGCGCUCACGAUUCUGGCGGCGGCUUCGAAGCCCUCAGCAAGGAGGCCGGGAAGACGUCCUCAUGGUUGACCUCAGGUUCCGCGUCCUCUCACACCUGGGCUGGUGCUGAGUCCACCCUUUUCGGCGCCACGGGCGACGGCGGGGGCGGCAGCAGUGACGAGAACCAGGAAAACGACCCCGAUCCACACUUUGAGCCCAUCUUCCCCAUACCGGACCUUGUGGAGACAAAAACUGGUGAAGAGGGGGAAAUUUGUCUUUUCCUGCGGCGCUGCAAGCUCUACCGGCUGGUGGAUGGCCAGUGGAAGGAGCGUGGGAUUGGCGACAUGAAGAUUCUUGUCCACCCAAAUAAUCCGCUGCCCGAGAAUGAUCUUGACCCGCGCACCGAAUUGCCACUGGACAAAGAAAUCGACGGCGGCAUUAGUUACGCGCGUCUCCUAAUGAGGCGCGACCAAGUGCUCAAGAUAUGCGUGAACCACACCAUCUCUCUGGACAUGCCCCAAUUCAAACCACUGACAGUCGCCAACAACGCGAUUUGCUGGGUCGCAAAGGACUUCUCAGAGGACGCGGCUGGCGAGGUUAUGACUCUGGGCUUAAAAUGCAAGGUAAAGCCACCUUACACGGGAGUAAAACGUGUUGAAAUGCUUCCAUCAACUGCUUUCAACGCAUAG